AUGUGGACAAAGCUCGCAUACUUGAGUCCUGAAGCUUUUUAUGGUAACCUCGUCAAUGGGAAAUGGAUGCGUGCCGCUCUUUCAGCAAGAUAUCGCAAUGUGCUUAGUCCCCCCUCCGUGAGUGAACAAAAAAAUUUUGUUAACUCACAGAGGGGGGUUAAUUUUUUUUUUUUAAAAAAAUUUAUAUAUAAAUUUUAUAAAAGAUAUUUUUUUUCGAAAAUUUAAAAAAAUCCUAAUUCGCAAAAAUUGGAAAGAAAAUAUUUUAUUCAAUUUGCAAAAUUUAUGUUUUAAAAAGCAAUUUGUUUGAAAAUUAAACAGAAUUAGCUCUAGAUUUUAUUAUACUAAUUAUCAUUUAUAUAUUAAAUAUUAUUUCAUAAAAAAAUUUUCUAUUAAAAAAAAUUUUUGUUCACUCACGGAGGGUGGGUUUUUGGGCAAAAAAUGCGAUUUUUCUAAUGGUUUUGUUCACUCACGGAGGGGCGGGGAGUUAGAAAAAGAAUUCCUCAAAGCUGGAGUCCCAUGGGAAUAUGACCCAGUUAAAGCUCCAGGCCGUCACCCCUAUGACAGAGCUCCAAAGAUCCCUGCCAGAUAUAGAAAUAUUGGAUUAACUAGAGUGUAUAGGUGUCUAGCGUCACACUUACAAAUAGGAUCAGAGCCAAACUAGUGACGUCAUCGGCAUUUCUGAUUAAAAUGGACAGACAAUCAUAAAUCUUGCCGUUAUCAAUUUGUUAGAGCUUCUCACUCAGCUUGUUUGCUAUCUCUUCUACUCAGCUCCUGCACAUGCUCCAGUUAAAGAUCUUUGUUGAGCGGUGAAUACCUGAGCCUGUUUCAAAGCUUCAGACCAAACCACAGAUUAAUCACUCCUUGUCAUACAUACCUAGUGUUAUUUGAUAAAUUUUCUCUCGUAAAAUCAAACUCAUAAUAAAUUGACCCAUAGGUUACUUUUUUCCUAUAUCAAAAUUUCACCUACGCCUCCAUUUAUUAUUAUUCAGCUACAGAAACAAAGCAAUAAGAAUUGAAAAAAUAUCAAAGGCUUUAGAAAGACAAGACGAAUUAAUCCUCAAGAACAGAGAAGAAAUGGCUAAGAAGAAACGACUGACAGGCCUCGACAAGUUUGUUUCUUCAACUUACAACUAUUGGAUGAAGGAAAAUAAAGAAAACCAAGAAAAAAAAGACAAACAAGACAAGAAGCCUAGAGGAUUUAAAUAA